ACCUAAUUUUAGGAGGGAGAUGGAUAAUUUUAAUAAGGUCCUCGAUGAGAUUGGGUUCGGCAGGAUGCAUAUGUUUGCCACCUUAACGCUGGGCCUGCUGCAGAUGCUGACCAUCCACGAGACAAUGGGCAUGGGCAUCCUUGGCCCCGCUUCCGUGUGCGAUCUUCGAAUGAACCAGGUGCAAUUGGCCGCAGUAACGUCGGCUGGGUUUCUGGGGAUCAUCUGCUCCUCGUACUUUUGGGGCUAUAUCACCGACAAGAAGGGUCGGCGCUGGACGCUACUGCGAACAAUCACGGUGAGCAAUGUGUGCUCGAUCGUGUCCAUGUUCAUGGUCGACUUUCAUAGUUUUUUUGUGAUGCGUUUUUUGACGGGUAUAUUUGUGGCGGCUCCCAGCUUUGUAGCCGCAACCUACCUUAGUGAGUUCUGCAGUCAACGGAUCUUGGCCCGUGCCCUCACCCACAUGUAUAUGUUCACCGGCUUCGCCAUGCUCUACUGCCCCGCCUGGGCCGUUCUCUUUCUCGCCACGAAAUUCAUGGAGUUCGAAGUGGACGUUGUGGGUGACCUGACCUUGCGACCGUGGCGUUUUUUGGGCUGCUUGAAUUGUCUGCCGGGCGUGAUAGCCUUCUUCCUGCUGUUGGCGUUGCCAGAGAGCCCCAAGUUCCUCUUGAACAUCGGUGACACCAAGAGGGGCAUGGCCGCAAUGGAUUUAAUUUGUCAAAGGAACACUGGUAAACCCUUGAGUGCCGAGCAAAUUGAAAAUUUAAACUUGUACCAGAGUGCGGCAUCUACCCGGGUUACGCGGGUAAAGAGCGAACGUAAUUUUCUGCGCUCAAUGAUCGAUGAUGCGAUGCCUCUGUUCCGGACGCCGUUUGUGGGGUUAUUUAUGGCUGCCUGCUUGGUAAUGUUUAUCUUGGGUAUGAUGGCAAAUGGUCUGGGGCUUUGGUACACGGCCAUGCGGAAUCGCUACAAUAUGCGGAAGGGCAACAAGAAGGGUAUGUCAUUUUGCCGAGUCCUCUUCUUUCCGGAAAUGCGACCGCUGAUAGAAAGUGAAAAGGAUUUUGAACCGGUGUGUAACGAUACUUUGGAGGGUUUCAACGACUCGUUUAUUUUGGGAGCCGCCUACAUUAUCCUGUACAACAUUUGCUGGCUGACGCUCUUUUGCAUGCCGAAAAAGAAGGUGAUAUUCGUCGUCUCCAUGCUGACUUCCUCGACUUGUGGAUUCCUGUUGAUCUUCGUCACGGAUCCAUGGGUGCAGCUCUUUUCGCUGGUGUUCUUCCUGGCCUUACCCGGUGUGGUGAUCAGUCUGAUGGGCGGCGCCCUCUGUUUGUUUGUGCCCACCCACAUUCGCGCCAAGGCUCUGUGCAUCAGCCUGAUGUGGUGCCGUUGUGGUGCAGCUAUGGGGACCAUCUUGACUGGCUCCGGCUUCCAUAACAAUUGUGAAAUAUCUCUGAUUGCGAUCGCCAUACUACCUCUAAUUGCUGUCGCAUUGGAGGGCUAUUUGCCCUUGUAAAAUCAGGUUUCCUAUAUUUGUAUAUCUUCAUCGCAUGGUAUUUAUACUUUUGUGUACUUAGAUGGAGUAAGAGCAUUUUGGGUUGCAAAAUUUUAAAGAUUUCUGGACCACCUUUUGUAGCAUCGAAGUUAAAUGUCAAAAAGUAGGCUACGAAAUUGUAACUUUCUUCUGCAAAAUCAACGUAAAAGUUUAAGUUAAGUAAUGUAAACUAAGUAAAUGAUAACAACAAAAUAAGUAUACGAUAUAUGUAUAACAGAUGAUAUAAGAAAAUCAA